AUGGCAGGCGCCGCCCGGCCCCUGAUUGACAGGGGGCCCGCCUCCCGCCCCGCCUCUCCCCUCGGAGACGGCCGGGGCCCCAACGGCCGCGCGCCGUGGCCGUUCGAGUUUGAAAGCACGCCUCCUGAUUGGCGGGCAGCCCCCUUCCAUCAGGCGCGUCCACCCUUCCCGAUUGGGCGAGGGCGCUCCGCGUUGCCCUCUCCCGAUUGGUGGGACGUCGCCCGAACCGCCGAAUGGCCAAAGCCGUCCGGCGAUCCCCUGACCUCCAUUGGUCAAAAGCGACGUCCAUUAGAGCUAGGUAACCGCCCCCUACACUGCCCGCCCCUCAAAAGGCACAGGGCAAGCCGCGGCAGCCCGCCCCUUUCCACGGUGAGUGGUCAGAAUCGCUGCCAUCAAGAGAGGACGAAGAACGAUUGGGCGGCAGCACUGCCCAUCAAGAGAAGACGAAAGGCGAUUGGUCGGCAGCGCUGCCCAUCAAGGGAGGCCGAUGAACAAUUGGACAGCAGGAGGAGUGUGGGCGCCAAGGACGAGUACGAUGAUGCCAUCUCAUCUGGGCACCAGGCCUUCCUCCUGGAGGAGGACAGCAGCAGCGGCGACAUCUUCUGCUGCACCGUAGGCAACCUGCCCCCUGGGCAGCGCGCCAGCGUCUCCCUCUCGUUCGUCCAGGAGCUGGCGAUAGAGGCCGACGGGGCCGUGCGCUUUGUCCUGCCCUCCGUUCUCAAUCCCCGGUACACACCGAGAGGUGAGCAGGCGGUCAGCGUGACCCAGGAGGUUCCCCGGGUACGACAGGCACCCUACACCCUGGCUCUGGAGGCCCAGAUCCAGAGCACGCACGGGAUCUCCCGCGUCCAGUCCAACUGCACGAUGAGCGGCCUGGAGUAUCUGAGGGAGGACCAGACAUCGGCCAAGAUAUCUCUGGCAGACGGACACAGGUUUGAUAAGGAUGUGGAGCUGCUGAUAUACUAUAAGGAUGUUCACACCCCGAGUGCUCUCGUUGAGGCAGGGGUCGAGUCUGCAGGGGAAGGGACCCUGAUGGGAGACCCCACCGUCAUGGUCAGCAUCUACCCCACCUUUCCCGAGAAACCGUCCCAGCAUUCCUCUGGGGAGUUCAUUUUCCUGAUGGAUUGUUCCGGAAGUAUGGACUGCCCGAUGGCGGAGGGUUAUUCGGGCGGUGGGCCCACCCGUGUCCAAAGCGCUCAGGAGACCUUACUCCUUCUCCUGAAGAGCUUGCCGUUGGGAUGUUACUUCAACAUCUACAGAUUCGGGAGCAGCUUUAAUUCCUUCUUCCCUGAGAGUGUCGAGUACAAUCAGCAGUCGAUGAAGACAGCCCUGGCGACGUUGGAUGGGAUAUCGGCAGACAUGGGGGGCACAGAGAUCCUCGAGCCCCUCCGUGCCAUUUACAGGGUGCCCUGUAGGGCAUCGCACCCACGGCAGCUCUUUGUCUUCACUGACGGGGAGGUGUCGAACACCAAGAUGGUGAUUGACGAGGUUCGGAAGAACGCCCACAAUCACAGGUGUUUCUCCUUCGGGAUCGGGCAGGGUGCCUCGACGCAGCUGAUCAAAGGCAUCGCCAAGGCAGCCUCCGGGAACGCCGAGUUCAUCACAGGCAAGGACAGGAUGCAGCCAAAGGUGCUGCAGAGUUUGAAGUUCGCCCUCCAGCCGGCUGUGUCUGGCCUGACCGUCGGCUGGGAGCUACCGUCUGGGCUGGAGGCGGUCCUCCUGUCCCCGCUGCCCACCGUCAUCUUCAACGGUCAGCGGUCCAUCCUCUACGCCCAGCUGAAGGGCAAGGUUGACCCCAGUCUGGACGCCGAGAUGUCCCUGAAAUAUUCCCUGGGAGAGGAGCUCAUCCAGAACAGCAUCAGGUUCAAACUCCAGCCACAGGAUUCACUGAGGUCCACGGCCCACCGCUUGGCCGCCAAGAGGAUGAUCGAGGGCUUGGAGUCGGGAGCCGGCCGCGAGAGCGCGGCUGUGAGGGAGCAGCUCGUCCAGCUCAGCAGCCGGGCCAACGUCCUCUCCUCCCAGACCGCCUUCGUCGCGAUCAACAAAGACCUCAACCAGCCCCUGCAGGGUCCCCUGGUCAGGAGGAACAUCCCCCACCUAAGAUCUAUAGGCUGUGUGCCGACGAUGAUGUUCCAACAGUGCGCCGCUUUCUAUCAGGGUCCGGUUCCCAUGAUGGGUUCGGUUGCGAUGGCCCCGGGUCUGCGUUCUCCCAUGAAGAAGAUGAGCAAGGUGUUCGGUGGAGGGGCAUGGCAAGCCAAGUGCAGACGUUCAGCACCCAGCGUCGUUUCAAACUGCACGGUGGAAGCUGACUCCCUGUCAGCCUGUGAAGACCAGACCCCGGCCAUGAAGCUGAUCUCAGUGCAGAACGCAGACGGGUCGUGGAGCCCAGACAACAGCCUGGAGGAGUUGCUGGGCCUGAAACCUCAACAGAGCAGCAAGAGUCUCCCUCACCAGGGCAUUGACCUGACGGUUUGGAUGACGAUCCUGGCGGUGAUAUGGCUCCACGCUUUCAGUGCGGACACUAAAGAUGAGUGGGAGCUUCUGGUGGGCAAGUCCCUGUCGUGGAUCAAGGCGAAAGUAGGCUCGGAUCUUGAGGAAUGCCUGAAAGCCGGCAAUGCCCUGCUGAACUGCUCCGUCGAUCCCCACGUGUUCAGCCUGUGAACGCUCCCUGCGGGGGUCCGCCCUGGCAAGUCAAGAUAUUUCCCCUGUUGCUUCAGUCAGUCUCACUGCAUUUUCCGCGUAUAAUCCCCCUGUCCUGUCUUUCCCUCUGUCAGGAACCGUAUCCCGAAAGGAUUGGGAUCGCUCUGCCGCGUGUGCGCGCGUGUGUUUUUCUCCCUCCCCUACGAUCAGUUGCCCGUUCCUGGCGAUCGUAUCGCUUCGGUUUCGACGCCUCGCCUUUCCUCACUGCCUCGGCAAUGGGGAUGUCUUCCCAAGUGCCUUUAUCCCUGGGGUGGGGUUGGGCGGUGGGAUGGCGGUGGGUUCGGUGCCCCUCGCGGAUGUCCUCAGCUGAGUCACCGGUCUCUCUCUCUCUCUUGCGCCGGCAACGAGACGGGGAGAGGGUCGCCAAUGCUUGACCGGGAAAUGGCGGGGUGUGGGGUUGCCCCUCUUGGCUGACAGUCCCUCCCCCUCUUCGGCUGCGACCCCCCCAGACCCCAGAGAGUGUUCUCCCUCCUCCCGGUCAGUUUUUAACACCGCCUUCGACAUCCAAAGAUGUAUAAUCGAAUCGCUUUCAAAUAAAAUGGAUUUGAACCUG